CCUCCCUCUCCGCCGCAGCUCUCCCAGCCCUCAGACGAAUCUCUCUAUCUUCCCUCUUUCGAUUUCCAGCCACGGCAACCAGUGAUUUAAGCUGUCUAUUUCGUUGCGCGAAAAAGAUUGCGUUUGUCCGCGCUUUUCCCGGCGGGUAAACGGGAGGACAACAAACAGAGCAGUUAAUACGUAGAAAACAAGACUGAAAACCAAACAAAACUUGGAUCUGUUGCGUUAGCGUUCCGUAACCAAAGCGGAACAUACCUCAAUCUCUCUUGUGAUUAUUUCCUCUUUUCUCUGGACGAGAAAGGCUGUUUACUUUGGGUUCGAGCAGACGGGCUUUCUUACUUCUCAGAGGCGUGAUAUAAAACGUGUUUAGCCUAAACGCGGCAGUCACACAUUUUGCACGUAGGAAAAGCGACUAAUUCCAUCCUGCUGGUUGACUGGUAUCGAUUCUAAAGUUAGUUUUCAGAUGCAGAGUAAACAAACACGGGUUGCAAGCGAAAAAAAGACAUUGACUAUCCGUGCAAGCGUUUACUUGGAGACCUUUUGUGUGUUUCUUCAUUGAGAGUUUCGAGGAGAAGGCUUGUUUUUGAUGCGCUGAAUGAGAAAGGACAUCCGAUGUGCGGCUUUCACCUCUUCUGACAACCCUUCAGACCCAAGUUUCUCGCUGGUUCAUCUAGAGUACAAUACAUCCUUGCUGCUGCGGUAACAUGUCUGACCUGGAUCAUCCUCUUCAGAAACCUUUUCUCUGAUGCUCGUUUGCUCUCAAAACAGUUCUGCUCAACGUCCCAGUAACUUGUGAACUUGUCACUUACCUGAAGCAUUCCUUCAUCACCCAGUCUUACGUUUACAAGUGGAUUGAUCCGAAAUCUCACGUCCUGAGGCCUGAGGAGUGACUGAAGCUCAGCGAGUCGAGAUGGCUAACAACACUGCAGACCACCCACCGGGGAACUCGGUCGCCGAGGUCGACCACGAAGGCGACUUUGGCUGCACGACGAUGCAGCUCCGUGAGCUGAUGGAGCUCCGCAGUGGCGAGGCGGUCAACAAGAUUGUAGAAUGCUACGGAGAUGUGCAAGGGAUCUGUCGCAGACUCAAGACCUCACCUGUCGAGGGCCUCUCUGGUAACCCUGCUGAUUUGGAAAAGCGUCACACAGUGUUUGGUCAAAACUUCAUCCCCCCUAAGAAGCCCAAGACCUUUCUGCAGUUGGUAUGGGAGGCCCUGCAGGAUGUCACCCUCAUUAUUCUGGAGGUGGCAGCCAUUAUUUCUCUCGGCCUGUCCUUCUACCAUCCACAAGGGGAAGGCAACGACCACUGUGGCCAAGCAUCUGCUGGUGUUGAGGAUGAGGGCGAGGCCCAGGCAGGCUGGAUUGAAGGUGCCGCCAUCUUGUUCUCCGUUAUUAUCGUUGUGCUGGUGACCGCCUUCAACGACUGGAGUAAAGAAAAGCAGUUCCGUGGGCUGCAGAGCCGCAUCGAGCAGGAACAGAAGUUCACGGUCAUCCGCAUGGGUCAGGUCAUCCAGAUCCCGGUGGCUGAAAUCGUCGUGGGAGAUAUUGCACAAAUCAAAUACGGUGACCUUCUCCCAGCUGAUGGUAUCUUGAUCCAGGGUAAUGACCUGAAGAUUGAUGAAAGCUCUCUGACUGGGGAGUCCGAUCAUGUCCGCAAAUCUCUGGAGAAGGAUCCCAUGCUCCUUUCUGGAACUCAUGUGAUGGAGGGAUCUGGCCGAAUGGUGGUCACUGCCGUGGGCCUGAAUUCUCAGACUGGAAUCAUUUUCACCCUUUUGGGCGCCGGCGGUGAAGAUGAGGAGAAGAAGGUGAAGAAAGGUAAAAAACAAGGACCCCCUGAAAAUCGCAACAAAGCUAAGACCCAGGAUGGCAUUGCUUUGGAGAUCCAACCGCUGAAGAGUGAGGAAGGUGCAGAGUCAGAGGAGAAGGAGGAGAAAGAAGAAAAGGAGAAAAAGAAGGUCAACAUCACCAAGAAAGAGAAGUCGGUCCUGCAGGGGAAGCUGACCAGGCUAGCUGUUCAGAUUGGAAAAGCAGGUCUCAUCAUGUCUGCUGUGACCGUCAUCAUCCUCAUCCUGUACUUUGUCAUUGAUACAUUUGGCGUCCAGGGCCGCGAGUGGACAGCAGAGUGCACUCCAAUCUACAUUCAAUACUUUGUGAAAUUUUUCAUUAUUGGCGUGACCGUGCUGGUGGUAGCCGUGCCCGAGGGGCUGCCUCUAGCUGUCACUAUCUCUCUCGCUUAUUCUGUCAAGAAAAUGAUGAAAGACAACAACCUGGUGAGGCACCUGGAUGCCUGUGAGACCAUGGGCAAUGCCACUGCCAUCUGCUCUGACAAAACUGGAACGCUGACUAUGAAUCGCAUGACAGUCGUGCAGGCUUUCAUAGGCGACACACACUAUAAAAGCAUUCCUGAAUCAGAGGCCAUUAAUCAAGAGACUCUUGAGAUACUGGUGAACAGCAUCUCCAUAAACUCAGCCUACACUACCAAGAUCCUGCCUUCUGAGAAGGAGGGGGGUCUGCCAAGGCACGUGGGUAAUAAGACAGAGUGUGCCCUUCUUGGUCUGGUGUUGGACCUGAAGAGAGACUAUCAGCCUAUCAGAGAAGAGGUUCCUGAGGAGAAACUUUAUAAGGUUUACACAUUCAACUCCUCCCGGAAGAGCAUGAGCACUGUCCUAAAGAACACCAGUGGUCCCGGCUUCCGAAUGUACAGCAAAGGCGCCUCUGAGAUUGUCCUGCGCAAGUGUUCCCAUAUCCUUGAUGCUUCAGGCCAGCCACGUGUCUUCAAGGCCAAAGAUCGGGAUGAGAUGGUGCGGAAAGUGAUCGAGCCAAUGGCCUGUGACGGGUUAAGGACCAUUUGCAUAGCCAUGAGGGACUUCACAACAGAGCCAGACUGGGACAACGAGGCUGACAUUCUGAAUGACCUGACCUGCAUCUGUGUUGUGGGCAUUGAAGACCCUGUUCGUCCUGAGGUCCCUGAGGCUAUCUCUAAAUGUCAGCGAGCAGGCAUCACUGUCCGAAUGGUCACUGGAGACAACAUCAACACAGCCCGCGCCAUCGCCACCAAAUGUGGAAUCCUGCAGCCUGGAGAGGACUUCCUGUGCCUGGAAGGCAAAGACUUCAACCAGCAGAUUCGCAAUGACAGAGGAGAGGUUGAACAAGAGCGUCUUGACAAGGUCUGGCCCAAACUGCGUGUUCUGGCUCGUUCCUCGCCAACAGACAAACACACUCUGGUUAAAGGCAUCAUUGACAGCACAGUUGGAGAAACCAGACAGGUGGUGGCUGUGACUGGAGAUGGCACUAAUGACGGACCUGCCCUUAAAAAAGCAGAUGUUGGCUUUGCUAUGGGUAUUGCAGGCACAGAUGUUGCAAAGGAGGCCUCUGACAUCAUCCUUACUGAUGACAACUUCACCAGUAUCGUCAAAGCUGUGAUGUGGGGGCGCAAUGUCUAUGACAGCAUCUCCAAGUUCCUGCAGUUUCAAUUGACUGUCAAUGUGGUGGCAGUGAUUGUUGCCUUCACUGGGGCCUGCAUCACACAGGACUCCCCACUUAAAGCCGUUCAGAUGUUGUGGGUAAAUCUGAUAAUGGAUACUCUGGCUUCUUUGGCUCUGGCAACAGAACCCCCAACAGAAGCGCUCCUGCUGAGGAGACCUUACGGACGAGACAAGCCACUCAUUUCCAGGACUAUGAUGAAGAACAUUUUGGGUCAUGCUGUUUACCAGCUUAUCAUCACAUUUACUCUUCUCUUUGCUGGUGAGAAAAUCUUUAACAUUGAUAACGGCCGCAACUCCCCUCUGCACUCCCCACCAUCCGAACACUACACCAUAAUCUUCAACGUCUUCGUCAUGAUGCAGCUUUUCAAUGAGAUCAAUGCCCGCAAAAUCCACGGAGAGAGGAACGUGUUUGAGGGAAUUUACAGGAACCCCAUUUUCUGCUGCGUUGUUCUGGGAACCUUUGCUCUGCAGAUAGUCAUAGUGCAGUUUGGAGGGAAGCCGUUCUCUUGCACGGCCCUCACCAUUGAUCAGUGGCUCUGGUGUGUCUUCAUAGGAGUUGGUGAGCUGCUUUGGGGUCAGUUCAUCUCUGCCAUCCCCACACACCGCCUCAAAUUCUUGAAGGAGGCUGGUCACGGCAUCCCUAAAGGGGACCUCCCUCAGGAGGUGCUAACUGAAGGUGCAGAUGAAAUUGACCUUGCUGAGAUGGAGCUGCGCAGAGGACAGAUCCUCUGGUUCAGAGGACUUAACCGCAUCCAGACUCAGAUGGACGUGGUUUAUACAUUCCAGACGGGCCAAACAGCGGUGCCUGGGGCCCUGCGUCGCCAGCCCUCCGUGGCCAGCCAGCAGAACGACAUUAAGGUGGUGAACGCAUUCCGCAGCUCCCUAUACGAGGGCCUAGAGAAGCCAGAAUCCAAAAGCUCCAUCCAUAACUUCAUGUCCCACCCUGAGUUCUUACCCCUCUACGAGGAGGAACCCCGCGUCCCCACGAUAGACGAGGGCUGUGUGGAUAUUGGGCACCUCCCCUCCUCUUCCAGAAACGGAGGUGGCGGCGAACCCCCGGACCGCUCUCUUCACAGCCAUGAAUUCCCUGUGUGACCCUCACAUCAUUCUCCAGUGCAACUGCCCCAAAAUCAUUUUUUGUUCUGUUUAUUGUGUUUUUAAAACCUGUGCACCACUCCUUCGGUGGAAACCUGCUGAUGCACAUCUGAGAGACAGCAGCACUUACUGCAGCCGAUGGGGCGACUACGGUCCCUUUCACCUCUCCUCCAUCCUCCCCACCCCUCUGCCCCUCUCAACUUGCACUGUGUGGCGACAGCAUCACACUGUAAGUUCAUGCGGCUGUGCUGCGGCCGAUGUGACACAUGGCCUAACUUACACACUAGAGGGCGACGCUGUGGCAAAUGUCCUCUCAGCCUGUCACUGGCAUUUUUAUCUCUUCUACAGUUGUGAUUUUUCUCAUUUUAUAUUGUCUUGUUUAAUGCUGUAAUCUUUUUUGUUAUUUGUCCCAGGACUCUCAGUAAAAAAGUUUUUUUUUUUCUGAUACAGCCGAUUAUAUACAUGCACUCAAUUGCUGUUUGAAAAGAUUUCUCUCGCUUUUUUCGCUCUCUUGAUUCGCUUCGUUUUAAGGUGGAUUGAAAAAAAGCUACUUCUGUUCUUUUAGUUUUUAAAAUGAUUUGAUGAUCAAAUGGAUGUUUUAAGUAGUUCAGGCACACUACAUUUUUGUCCUGUUUUCAGGGGUUAUCAUACAAUGCUGUUUGGCUCAUUUUGGGUUUCCUGUCACUUUAUUUGUACAGAUGUAAGGCUGAUAUAGUGAACGUUAGUAGAGUAAAAUACUAUAAUAAACUUAUUUGAUAGCUAAGUUAAGAAUACCUGAUUGGCUCUUAAGGGGGCAGGGAGGACACAUCAUCUCAUCGAAAUCACACCCAGUGGGCAUCUCUAGUCUCUUGUUAAUGCUCAUCUUGCUCAAAACAAAUGACUGGCUAAUUGACCAAGUACUUUAUCAAAGGUACAGCACUUCAUCAUAGUGUGCAUGUAUCUGUCUUUAGGUUCAUCUGUGUCUGAUUGUAUGGGAAUGGUAAUUGUAAUACUAAUCUUUUAUGGGAUAAUGACUAAUGAAUAGGAUUUUCCUUUUUCUUGUUUCCUCUUUCAGAAAAAAAAAUGCGAUAGGAAUGAUUCUGUAUGUGUGUACUUUCAAAUCCAGUCUUUUUCUCAUCUCAGCUCUGCAGUGAGGUGUUUUACUUGUUAUCUAACAUAAGGCUUUGUUCCACAUAAAGUCCAUGUUACUCAGCCAUCACUGGUAGAGCUCCAAAAUCACAUCCCUGAACUAAGGAUACUGCACGUAGUAAGCAUGCCUUUUCUAUUUAAAAAAAGAGAAAGAAAACAUUCAAACACACAAUAGCAUGCAGCAAGGGCCUCUGUUGGACCCUGUGAGCUCUGUUGAAACCUGGGUGACAAACUAGAUUGGACUGUUUUCAUAAGAGUCCAGCCUCAACGACAUGUGCUUUUUAUUAGCCGAAACAUACUACUGCCAUAGAACGACCUUCCUCUCAUACCAAUCUAGUGGAUUCCUCAAAUUACAACGUUUUCUACUUGCUCAGAGCCAUAUUUUAUAGAUUGUUCUUUUAUAUCCCAUUUUUGCUGUUUAUUUUGUAUUUCCAACCAAAUAAAAUAAAAUAAAAACACAGAGAGUCACUGCCUAAAGAAAAAAAGGAAAAAAUCCCUAGAUGGACCACUUUAAUGUUUACGGAAAGGUUCCACAGCCGUUGGCUGAUGCUGCACUUCCCCCUACUGGCAGUUUUUGUUAUUUCAUUUAAGUGGAACACGGUAUGUUAUUGUGGGUAAGCAUGCAAGGAUUUCAUAUAAAACUCAGUGCUUUGUUCCUUUUUUUUACAAUUGUUCUGUAUUUUUAUAUUAAGUACUUUUUAAUAUUUUGGAAAAAUAUAUAAAUAUAGGUCUAUAGGCCAGAGAGUUUGGUGACAUGACAAAUUAGUAAAAUAAGCAGUUGAGUAUAUAUAUGUAUGCCACAUUUGUAACCAAAUGCGGCGCCAGGUUCGAUGUUCGAGCUGAGAAAGUUCCAUGUUUACCCUAAAGUCAAGGGGUCUGGUCGAGUUUUCAAUUGAAUGGCCUUAUCCUGAAUAGUGUACUCCAAAUCUGCAGCCAUGGGUUAAUGUGCUGGCUGUGCAAAGUCUUUAAAAUAAUAUUAUUUGCCACAUAAUUUGAAUCUAUUGAACUUAAGUCGAGAAAUGUUAAAGGUUUUGAGGUUUUCAGACUCAACUUUUAUGUUCUUUUAGACUGAUAAAACAUGAUUUAUUUUCUGUAUCACCCAUUAAGUGUUGGCUAUCGAAAAUCAUUACAUAUUCUCUGUGUUGUCAUUUUAACUUUGAUUUGUCUUUGUGAAAACAUUUUUGUCAAAUGCAGCUCUGGAUGUAAAUUAGGCACACAUACUGUAUGUUACACGAAAAUACAAAUGUAUUUGACUUCAUUUGGAAGCAGUCAAACGGUUUCCAGUUAGAGCUUUAUAUAAAUUCUGCCAAAGUGUUGCUUUGUACAGUCAGUUCUGACUUAUGUCUUUGUUCUUGUUCAUUUGGAAUAACUUAUAACUGGAUUUCAUCCUUUUUUUUGGAAAUUUCUUUACCAUGAGGAUCUAAAAUAUGCCCCUUCAUUUUUAUUUUUUCAUUAUUUGAUCAUAAUAGGUGCAGAAAAAAAGGGGGAAAUGAUCAAAACAUUUCUGUUAUUGCACAUGUUUUUCUCUCUCACAUUGUGUAAACUGAGAAUCGCUUCAAGGUGUCGUGCAAUAACUUUGAAUUUUAAUGCAUUACUACUCUACUGAAAUUUUCUGACCGUUCUUGUUUGCUUGGUUGGGGACGGGAGGAAAUGAUACACCACAUCUGUAAAUAAAAUAUUGUUUUAAAACUGGAAUAUAACAAAGUUAUAACCACUUAUUUUGCAUAUAUUUAGUCUUAAUUACAACUGGUAUUGAGUGAAAUGAAAAAUUGUAUUUGAUUACAGGGAAAGCAGUCAAUGGAACAUCUGAUUUCUGUAAUUCCUAUGAAACACAGUAAUAUACACUGGUGUUAUUUUUGUAUAAACAUAAUAUCAUCUAUGUGGCAUGCAUUACUUAUUAACAAAUUGGUGGUUUGAAGCAAUAUGUACAAUCUGGUGCGAUUGAUAUUUUUAGUGUCCUGUGUAGCUUAAGCCACGCUGUACUUUGGGGGGAAAAAACUGUUUUGGAAAAAAAAUCUUAAUUGUUCAAUAUAUGUGUUCAAUGUUCUGCAUGAUUACAUAUGGAAUGAGGCAUCCCCAGAUGUUUACUUGUUUCCAAAAUGAAUGUGAAACAGACACCCUUUCAUCAAUAGACUCUGCAAAGGAAACGCACACUGACUCGAUGCUGUUUUCGAGAAGAAUGCUCUGCGUGUACUGCGGAGAUAAAAGGGUCUCGUUUCUUGUCUAGACAUCAUGAGAGAGCACUACUCCAUUACAUUUCCUAAUUACUGGGGUGUGGGAACUGGGGAAUGACUGCCAGAGUAUGCGUUUGAACAAUCUGGUCUUUUUACCAGUUACACUUGGCUUUGGCUUCAUUUCGUUACUUUUAUAGCCAUAAGCCGUGGCUGUCGAUUGAACUGCUUAAUUACGGAGUGUUACAAGC